AUGGUUGCUUUCAAAGUGAUGCAUUAUUUGAAGCGCAAAACUAAAGGCAAACAGAGAUACAUGGUCGUGAAAAUAGAUAUGUCUAAAGCAUAUGACUGUGUGGAGUGGUCAUAUCUCAAGACUGUUAUGCGCUGCAUGGGGUUUGCUGAUUGUUCGAUAAACUUGUUACUUGAAUGUGUCUCAACGGUUCGAUAUUCGGUUGUUCAUGGAGUUCAUAUGAUGGGACCUAUAGUUCCUUCUCGCGGUAUUCGGCAGGGUGAUCCCCUCUCAACUUAUCUCUUUAUUAUUUGUGCUGAAGGUUUCUCCACUCUAAUUAAACGUUACGAAUCUCGUUGUCUUCUGAGAGGUUGUCGUGUUGCUCGUGGCGCUCCUUCAGUCACUCAUAUGUUGUUCGCUGAUGAUAGUUAUUUUUUUUGUCAAGCCUAUCCUGAUGCUGCUGCUCGUGUCAUAACUCUCCUGCGAACCUUCGAGAAAGCUUCAGGCCAACAAGUAAACCUUGAUAAGUCCUUGAUUUCUUUUAGUACCAAUACUGAUGUCGGUACUCAUGCUGACAUGUGCUCUAUUUUGAAUAUGAGUGCUGCUACCGAUAAUAGCAUGUAUCUUGGUCUUCCCAGUACUAUUGGCAGAAACAAAACAUCUAUUUUGGGCUUUUUGAAGAAUAAGAUAAAGUCUAGAAUCAGCAGUUGGGACGGUAAGCUUCUAUCUUGGGCCGGAAAAGAAGUUCUCCGCAAAUCUGUUGUCCAAUCCCUGCCUUUCUAUGCUAUGAGUGUCUUCUUGUUGCUUGUCAAAACUUGUACUGAAAUUGAACGUCUUAUGGCUCAAUUUUGGUGGAAGACUACUUCUAACAAAAGUCGCGGUAUUGUCUGGAUGAACUGGGAUCAUAUGGCCUCUCACAAAAAUCAAGGUGGUCUUGGCUUUCGGCGACUUCUUGACUUCAACCUUGCUAUGUUAGCUAAGCAAGGAUGGCGAUUUUCGCCAGCAGAAUUUACAAAGCUCGUUAUUUUCCAAGAGGUGAUUUUCUGA